AUGCUAGCGUAUUCCCAACGGACGCAAGCGACGUUAGACGACGCGCAUGACGCCUUUUCGCGGGGUGAAAUUGAGCACGCCAAGUCAAUCCUUGAUAGCGUUGACAUUUCGGAGGCACACAGCCGGGAGGAGCUGCAUGACCUUUUUGCCAUCCGUUGUGUGCGUGCUUCCAUUGCAGCAAUGGGGGGCGAACGGACGGUGGCAAGUAUCAUGAGCGACACCAUGUCCCACUCGCUGCACCGUCCUGUAGCGCUUUACUUGGAAGGGCUUGCGGCAAUGGCAAGUGGCACAAAUCUUCAGACGGCACGUGUGAAGUUUGAGGAGGCGUUUCGCGCAGAUGGCCACUUUGUGUUAGCGAGGCUAGGACUUGCCGCUGUGAGUUACCACAUGAAACGUUACAAGAAGUCUUUUUCCCACUAUCGCGCUCUUUUGGAAACACUCGGAAGCGCCUGCCCUCCGAUUGUGCGGGUGGGGAUGGGGCUUUGCGCGUAUCACCUGAGUCAUCUGGACUACGCACAGAGAUGCCUGGAGCGGGCCCUAGAGGUGAAUAAGGAUGAUGAGUUGGCCCUCCUGGCGCUCCUUGUGGUGUUUCUUGACCGCUGUCAAAUUCCAAAGGUGAUUGAGGUGGCGCAGCGUCUACGCCACUUGCUGCCAGGGAAUGCCAUGGUGCUGCUCAAGGUGGCGGACCUCGUGUACUUCCGCGCUGUGACACAGAAGCGAGUGAAGGCGGCUGCAGGCUCCAUCCGCCGCCUGCUUGCAGAGGUGCGUCGGGUGGCCACCGUUGAGGAAAGUGCCACAGCGGAUUAUCAGGAAGGCCGAUUGUGUCUUGCUCUUGAUGACCUUUCUAACGCCCGUUUGUUGCUUGAGUCGGCCAUGCAGGUUCUCCCGAAUCUGAUGGCAGCACGGAUUCACUACGCUCGGGCUUUACUCCUCUCGGGAAGGGAAACCGAGGCUGAACAUUUGUUGCUGCGCGUUAACAGGGAUAAUCCUAAUCAAAAGGAGGUCUUGCAGCUGCUGGCGGCCUACGCUUCUCGUCAUGGUCUACAUGAGAAGGCAUUGGAGUAUAGUGGGCGUCUCACGGAGAUUGUGGCACCUGGGGACAUUCGGUCAUGGUCCCUUGCCUCCUGGUGUGCCCGUUUAAAUAAAGAGGAUACAAAAAAGCUCAUGUCGCAUCUUGCUCGGAUUCAACAAGAGGUGGGGGAAUCCGUGUCAAUGCAGUUGCUUGCGAAUAUAGCUUCUAUAGGUGGGGACACUGACGCUUUACAGAGGAUCCUAGAUCGGGAACUUGGGGCGGACUUUUUAAGUCAACCCAACCUACCUGUAGUCUAUGUCCCUUUGGUGUUUAACUUGGCACUCUUGUUAGAGGAAACCGAUCGUACGAGGGCCCGACAACUUUACAUAUACCUUGUAAAGCAGCACGGUUAUUUUCAGCCUCCGUAUAUUCGCCUUCAUGUUCUUGCAAAGGCAGACGGAUUCGUACGACAAGCCGUCGCUUGGCUUGUUUUGUUGCAGCAGAUUGUGCCAGAGGAUCCCACCUCGUUAGCGUCCAUUGCCGAACUAUUUUUUACACAGUCUCGUGCUACUGCAGCAAUGGCGGCACUUCGCUCUGCGAGAGGUCGACCUCUUCCAGUUGCCCUCGCCUUUGGAGCGGUGUUUCUUUGGUGCAGCCAGCAGCACGGCAAAGACAAUCGUCGUUUUUUAGCAAGUGCCAAGGAUCGUUUUACAUUUGUUUUGCGUCGUGAUAAUGGCAAUGUGUUGGCGGCGCACGGGCUUGCCUGUUGCCUUGGUUUGGAGGCAGACUAUGAUCGUUGCCAGUGCCUGCUAGAUCGUGUUGGAGAAGUGCGUCCAAACUGUGACUACGUGCGUCGGCACCAUGAGGCGCACAUGGCCAAUGUAAAGACGCUGAAUGACAGCUUCAAGCAGGCCAUAGACUACCUUGAACGUGACCCGAAGCGAACACCGUUGCAGACAUCUUCGUUGGCGUUUUGUUUGGCGUGUGAAAAUCGCUAUGAGGAGGCCGUUGCAGUGCUCAAUGCGGUUGUGGCGGAGAAUCCAAACUUGCCCCUUCUGCAGUAUAAUCUUUCUCUCUUGUACUGCGCUGCAUUUGUCCAUGCGAUUGCACGCAAGGAGGCGAUCACACCAGAGAAGGCACGGGAUCUCCGCCAGUCUCUUGCCACGGGUCUCUCCAUUGCCUUUGAGUUUGUCCGGCAAGAGCCACGCUCUCAGGCGAUGGCGGUUGCCAAGACGUUUCUCAAGACUGCCUGCGCCUACUGCCUGAAUUUGAAUGAUCACAACAUCGGCCGUCUUAUUGUGGCGGGCCAGCGUGACUCCGCGGAGUACGCGCGGCAGUCGAAGCUUUGGCAGCGUGUGUAUAGCGAGUUUCAAAAGGAGAAGCAGCAUGAAGUAGAGCAGCGCCAGGCUGAGCAGCGGCAACGUCAGGAGCAGGAGCUUCAGGUGGCACGUGAGAUUCUGGACGACUUUCGACGUUCACAGCUUGAUCAGGUGACGAUUCUCGACGAAGAGACACGCACGCGACUCGAGGCGUAUCGUGCUGAGUUUGGCUCUGCCGUCCCGCCUUUCGCCAACGACGCGGCAGGGGAUGUGGUGAGGUCAGUCGACCCGUCUGGAAAUACUUCGACCGCAAUCCUUGGCGGCAUGAACCUUGAGGAGGACGAUAUGGCGUGGGUGGAACCAGCCGGGGUGGAAAAGGAGCUUGAAGGAAAGCUGGGGGGGGCGGAUGCUUCGGCGUGA